AUGAAGGACCCGUUCUUCAUCGAACCGGUGCCAUGGCUGGUUAAAGUGGUACAACCUUGGUGCGACUGGCUUGGCCUGCCGACCUUAUCGCUGCACAUACACGAAAUUAUCAUUGCCGCACUAUUCUACUCCUUUGUCUUCUAUCCGGUUUCGCCCAUCCUGUCCCGACUUCUGGCACCAAGGCACUACACCAAACUCCCAAGGAAGAGACGAUUGAACUGGGAUGCACAUGUCGUAUCCAUGAUACAAGCUACACUGAUAAAUGCUCUGGCGAUAUGGGUCAUGUUUACAGAUAUUGAACGGAAGGAAAUGUCAUGGGAAGAGCGUAUCUGGGGAUAUACAGGUGCAACUAGCAUGAUACAGGCCCUUGCUGCUGGCUACUUUGUUUGGGAUCUUUUCGUUACCAGCAUGAAUCUAGAUGUAUUUGGAAUCGGAACGUUGGCGCAUGCGAUCGCCGCCCUACUUGUUUUCUCUCUCGGUUUUCGGCCCUUUGUCAACUAUUACGGAUGCAUAUUCAUUCUGUGGGAGUUGUCAACGCCAUUCCUGAACAUUCACUGGUUCAUGGACAAAGUUGACAUGACGGGGUCAAAGGCCCAACUGUAUAAUGGAUUUCUUCUCCUCUUCAGUUUUUUCUCCUGCCGGCUGGUCUAUGGCACCUACCAGUCCGUCAUGGUAUUCGGGGAUAUAUGGAGAGCAAUCAACGGCCACCCUCACUUCUCGUCUCUAUCGUCAAAACCAAUGCAGUUUGCGACCGGCUCAUCGACUGUGCCACUAUGGCUUGGUGCGGUUUACUUGGCAAGCAACCUCACCUUAAAUGGGCUGAACUUCUAUUGGUUCUUUAUGAUGAUUAAAGCCGUCCGCAAGCGCUUCGAACCUGGCAAGCAACCACUGACUGAAGUGGAAGUUGACUUUUCCUCGGUUGCCUCCGCGGUCUACAGUGACUCUGACAAGGUUCAUAAGCGCAGGGCCUGA